GAACACUUGCACCAGCAUCAAACAACUACUUCAAACCUUAAACCAGUCACACAUUCCAGACAAUUCAAUUUCUAAACGUCCAAGAUGCCGGUCGCAGAUCCUUCCACGUCGACCAAGUCCACUUCCACCACCACCUCUUCUACGACGGCGCAGACAGCGCAGCAUGUCGGAAACCAAUCGACUCAGAGCGUAGCGAGCGCAAGCCACACGGAGAAGACGCAGCAGGAGGAGGACGCGGAAAGAUUGUAUGAGGAGAGGAUUGAGGAGGAAUAUGCUAAGAGGGAGGGUGGCGCAUAGACAUGCGCACCUAAUCACGACGCAAUUGCAACUUUCCCAGCGGCCUAGAAUGAUGGAUUACCUUCCCGAGAAGAUAAUAUGGACGA